CAGUCAGUAUGAUUUCGUUCGUCAUCAAGCAAAGAGGUUCGCCGUGAGAAAGCCAUUCGCGAGUUUUAUUGUUUCGGUUCGUCCAAAUUCCCAUUAGUCACAAACGAGGGACCGUUUCGACGACCACCAGUAGUAGUGUAAUUGUGGCGACGACCACGAUUGAUGACGACUACGUAAAAAAAGUGAUCCCACCAGUCAGUCACAAGGCAAUAUUAGAAAACAAAUUGAGGAACACAGCAUCACGCAAUUGAAGGAAGGAAAAUAGUGAAAUCCAAAUCCCGUUGUGAAGUGUUCUGAAUUUUCGAUUGAAACUCGCAAAGUGGAAUAGCGAGAAAGAGUGCGAGUGUGAAAUAAAAACGCAGUGAAAAGCAAAAAAAAUCGGAAACAGUUGCAGCAAAAGCAAAAUUAUUGUGUGCCAGCGAGCAGCCUUCUACAACACACGCAAUAUCUCUGUACAUAGAUCCAUCGGCCAGAGCAAACCAACCAAUCAUCCAGAGGUGCAGCAUUGAAAUGACACGACUCGCAAUGUUUUACCGUUGACUGUUAAGUGCUCCUCUCUGCUUUUUAGUUGUUUGCCAGUUAUGACUAAGGUGCCGAAAUCGUGUUGAAAACUGAGCUGAGUGUUAUUUUCUUUUCAAUUCCCAUAUAAAUAACCACCCACAUACGUUCCAGUGUGCUACAGAGUGGUAGUGUAUCAGUGUUACAAUUAAGCCGAAGAGAAUAAGUUUCCUGUGACAGCGAAAUCAGAAAAUUGAUAACCUAAUCAGAAAAAUCGUGAGUGUAUCGUAUUAUUGGUACCGUAUAGCAAACACUAUCAACUGCAGCAUUAGCAGCUUAAAUAAUCACUAGAGAGCUACAAUACCUACAACGUUUGCGCCAUCCCAUAACCAGUAGACGACCUUAGCAGCACAAUCAUUCCAUCACGAUGAAACGAAACGACACGCAAAUGAAUGUCGCUGGCAUACGGCGAAACAUCAAAAAUCUUGCACACAACUAUUCUGAUGCUCAGGUCAAAGUGCGGGAGGCGACCUCCAACGAUCCAUGGGGUCCCUCGUCGACCAUUAUGGCAGAAAUUGCCGAUCUAACAUACAACGUGGUAGCCUUCUCGGAGAUUAUGCAAAUGAUUUGGAAGCGAACCAACGACCAUGGCAAAAAUUGGCGCCACGUUUACAAGGCACUGCUGCUGCUGGAGUAUCUCAUCAAAACAGGCACCGAAAAGGUGGCACAACAAUGCAAGGAAAACAUAUACGCCAUCCAGACGCUAAAGGAUUUCCAAUACGUGGAAGAGGGCAAAGACCAGGGAAUGCACGUGCGAGAAAAGGCCAAACAGUUGGUGUCGCUGCUGAAAGACGACGAACGGUUGAAAAAUGAACGUGCGAGGGCGUUGAAGGCAAAGGAACGCUUCGCCCGGACGGCCAGUGGAUUCGGUUCCGAUGGUUCCAUCGAUGGGCCAACCACCAGAGAUGCUCGCCCUCCGAACUGGGGCGAAGGAGAACCAACCGGUCGGCCGGUGUCGGAAAUCGAAUUUGUCAGGCCGCAGACGGUGGGAGAGGAAGAACUGCAGCUUCAGCUGGCCAUGGCUAUGUCGCGCGAAGAGGCCGAGCAGGAAGAACAAAAACGAAGAAGCGAUGAUGUGCGGUUGCAGUUGGCACUGAGCCAGAGUGAGCAGGAUUUUAAACAUGAUACUAAACCAGCCGAUAGUGCCCUGGUCGAUUUGCUGGACAUUUCGUUUGGGGCAGCCAGUAUUUCCAGUCCAUCACAGCAGCCUGGUCCUUCUACGAGUACCGAUCCCUGGGGAUUACCGGUUGCCGGAGGAUCGAGGCCACAGACUUCUGACCCAUGGUCACGGACGUCCUCUCCGCCGGUGGUCGAUCCCUGGCUGAACAGUGCUUCGGCACUUCCACCACCCGCAUCGAGACCACCGGUGGCAGCCGCCGGCGUCGGAUUGGAUGCUUGGGCUCCGGCGCGAACUCACUCACCCUCGGUCACAUCGGGCUCAUCUGUGGAAGGUUGGCUCCAGAAUGGAACCGGUGCCGGAGCGAUAGCCCCCGCUGGAACAAAUGGAAACGUCGAUCCGUGGCUUAAGACGUCUGCUCCCAGUGCGAGUGAACCGUGGCAGGCUAAAAGAACUACACCAGUGCCUACGGCUGAUCCUUGGCAGGCUCCUAGCUCAAAUCCAGCCAAACAAGAUCCAUGGGCACCAGUGGGAGAUGGAGCUUUCCCGCUGCCUGCACAUCGACCAUCCCCAGUGGGAGCUAUUACCUCGCCAGCCUCGGACCUCGAUGAGUUUGAUAUAAUCACCAAAAGGAGUAAUAACAGCAAUGCAGUCAACAACAAUCUUAACAACAAUGGUUUAUCGUUACUGGACGACCUGGACCCGCUAUCGUCGAGCAACACCUCCAGUUCAGCCAGCAAUUCAACUCCCUCGGCAACAGCGACGACAACGAAGAAAACACCUGCCUCGUUCCUCGGCGAAAACUCCUCGCUGGUCAAUCUGGAUAACCUCAUCAAACCGGUGACGACGGCACCGGGGGCAGGAGCGCCUGGAGCGCCAGCCUACAAUCCCUUCGGUGAUGCAGCGCCUGUGCAGAAAAACCUGUUCCAACAGAAUCAACCACAGGUUCCGUCCAUAAAUCAGCUGAAACAGUCGCCGUUCCCAGUGACGCUCAAUCAGGAUCCGUGGGCACCAGUUAAUCCUGCUACUGCGGCGCAAUUUGCUGAGCAAAACUGUAGCACUGGAAUGGGCCAUUCUUCUAACAAUAUUUCCUCGUUUGGACUAACCGAUGAUGUGACCGAUGAUUCUGAUACUAACAAUAACAACCCCACCCCACGCGAAUUCACUGAUUACGAUAAUAACAAUCAUCCGGUCGAUAGCGGAAUGGCUAUCGAUGAUCGCGAUGCUGAAAUGUAUAAUCCCAAUUUCCUCCCAACAACUUACAUUGGCAAGCAACCUAGCAAUGCAAAUGCCCCUCUGGAAACCAUUACCAAUCCCAGAAUAGCUCCCCCUUCCCAUCCGCCCCCAAUAUAUAAUCAUCAGUCGGAAUUGAGCGACCUCUAUGAUUUCGGUUUCGGUGACGAAGGUCCUUACGAUACUGACAAUUCAAAAACCAGUCAUAACAACAUCAACAACAAUGCCCCCUGGAUGAAUCCGCAGUCAUCGAAUCCAUUCCUAUCGUAAGACUAAUGCGCCAACACUAUAGCAGAACCAUAGAAACCAACCAAUAGCAAUUUUACCAGAUCCGAAACACAGACAACUGGCAGGGAACAACAUAAGAGCGAAGAAUCGUGUAGUAUCACGACUGAAUACAACGAUAGAAAGCGGAAACCCAGGUUACUUAUUACGAUGCAAAAUGAAAAGCGUAUAUCCGAAAAAAUCUAUGUUGAUCAGAGUAAAUUUUAGUUUCCAAAACUGUAGAUAUGAUUGUAAAUCAAUAGUGACUAAAAAUAAAGCGACUUUCUUUGCCCUCAAACUCUUCAAAAGCACACUACCUACAACUACUGAAAAAAAAAACCCUGAUAGAAACCAAACCGAACUCUUGUAGUAAACAGCUAAAUUACUAAUAGAACAGAAAACCGUGGAAAAUCAUAAAUGCCUUACUAAGUGUUAAAAUGAACAUAAGGAGAAUAAAAUUAGAUAACCUAAACGACUGUUGAUAACAAAAAAAGAACAACUAAUUGGGAUGAGCUCUAGAAACACAUUUCUGACAUUUUUGAGCUAACAAGCCCAACUACAUACAAAGAUAAGAAGUGUAUGUGCAUAUAUGUAGGCGCACUUCUGGUGUAAUGAAAAAAAAGUUUUUACGGCUUAUCAUAAAACUCAAUUUUGAACCUUUUUUCUAACAAAAUCAAAUAAAAAUAAAAUAUACUUCUUUUGUGAAUGUGAUAUCUGUUACCACACAUACAUGCAGUUGAAAAAAAAAACUGUGGAAUUAAAAAAAGAAAACAAUUUGCUAGAAAUUUGAACACUAUGAGUAGAAUACUCUGUUUGGAAAUAAAGAGAUUAGGUAUGUGAACCUUUCAGUGCUGCCCUUGACGAUAUGCGGUAAUCGGCUACCUACAAUCUUCACUCCACAAACGUGGUUACAACCAACAAUACCGCGAGGAAAAUUGCAAUAGCUAAUUAAGGUUAAUCGAAACACCCGUAUCUGCCAAUGGAUAGGCAUCAUAGGGGCAACAUUUGAAUAGCACAUAUGCUAUAUUUCAUUAAAACUCCAACAAGAGUAGAGAUUUUGUGCGUCGGAGAGUGUCAAAUAGAAGUUGGUACUAUUUUUGGAUGGUUUUCUAUUUUAAUAGUUUCAAUCAAAACUAAUCCCAUAGUAAGAUUUUCUACGUAUGUUUCUGAUGAUGGUUUCAACUGGAUUAAUUGCUUUAAACUUGUGGAAAAGGUCGUGGGUAGUAGAGGAGAUAGUAGGUAUUUGAAUUUCUGCGUUACUUUAUCGGGUGGAUCAAAGUAGGCUUCGCUUUUGUGCCUGUAAUGUCUCACUAGAGGAAAAAGGGGAAUAAAUCAAAUAAACCAUUUGAGCUUUAGUUGUAAACUACAGAAACAAAUACGAAGAAGUCGAAGUUAGAUGAGAAUGCUACGAAUACUGGUUAUCAUGAAAAGUAUUGUGACGAAUAAACGAAUGAGGGAUCAUUAUAUUUCUGUUUACUUGUACUGUGGGAAUGUAAGCUACAUUUUCUGCUACUAUUUAUUUGAAAAUAAUAUAGCAAUUAUUAACGUGGUAUGUAAAGUAUACAAGCAUCAUUCAAACCAAUCUUGAUACAAAUAUUUUUUUUCCAAAAAAAAAAACCGCUUUACUUGUAACAAUUAAAAGGUUUUUUAAUUACAAAAAAAAAACAAUUCUAAUUUUGAAUUGAACAGACAUUAUGCACAUAUUACAUAAUCCUGAAAUUGACAUUUUAACUUCGCCCGUUUGUAAAACUCUUCGGUGAUAAUGCUUGAACAAUUGCAGAAUUACGUAAUUUGUGCCCGAUGACUUUUCUACGAGUAAAGAUAUACACAUACUCUGCUGAACAGAUGAAUAAACAACCGAAGCAAUAGUUUUUUUCCGUUGGCAUCUCGUUUUUUGGUUUCCAUUUCGUCUCUUGAAACUAAGCAUCAGAUAGGCUUGGAGUUGUAACAAAACAAAAAAGAAACAAGGUCAGAGGUUUAUUUUUUGCUUACUGCAAUUAACUAAUUCUAAGAGCAGCAGAACACACAUUUCAAUUUCGAUUGAACACUGAGACGACACCCGAGAGGAAGAGAUAAAACUGGAAGAAUGUAUAGAGUUAAAAGAUUAUUUAGAACGGAAGAAUGAAAUUAUAUAUAUUUUAUAAAAUAAAUCGAACUGAUUUCAAUA